UUCACACUAGAGAGAAUUCCUACAAAUGAGAGGAAUGUGGCUAAGUUUCUAACUGGUUCUCAGAGCUUAUAAAACAUAAUCUAAUUCAUAUGGGGGAGAAAUCCUACAAAAGUGAAGAAUGCAGCAAAGCCUUUAACCAAUCCUCAGCACUUAUGAGACAUAAGAAAAUUCAUAUUGAAGAGAAACCCUACAAAUGUGAACAAUGUGGCAAAUGCUUUAGUUUAUUCUCAAUCCUUAGUAAACAUAGGAUAAUCCAUUCUGGAGACAAACCUUACAAAUGUGAUGAAUAUCACAAAGCCUUUAACUGGUUUGCAACCCUUACUAACCAUGAGAAAAUUCAUACUGGAGAGAAACCCUUCAAAUGUGAAAAAUGUGGCAAAGAUUUUAACCAGUUUUCAAACCUUACUAAACAUAAGAAAAUUCAUACUGGAGAGAAACUCUACAAAUGUGAAGAAUGUGGCAAAGCUUUUAACCAGUUUACAAACCUUACUAGACAUGAGAAAAUUCAUACUGGAGAGAAAUCCUACAAAUGUGAAGAAUGCAGCAAAGCUUUUAUACAGUCCUCAAACCUUACUGAACAUACGAGAAUUCAUAUGGGAGAGAAAGCCUACAAAUGUGAAGAAUGUGGCAAAGCUUUUAAUGGAUGCUCCAGCCUUAUUCAACAUAAGAGAAUUCAUACUAGAGAGAAUACCUACAAAUGUGAAGAAUGUGACAAAGGCUUUACUUUAUUUUUAAUCCUUACUAACCAUAAGGCAAUUCAUCCUGGAAAGAAAUCCUACAAAUGUGAUCAAUGUGGCAGUGUUUUUAACUGGCCUGCAACUCUUGGUAAUCAUGAGAAUUCAAGCUAG